AUGUCAAUCGAUGAAGACCUAGUUUGCGACCAAGAUGAGCUGCACUUGGAUACGGAUGGCUCUUCCGACGAAUUUGAGCCGUUUGUCUCACCGCCCAGCGCCAGACCGAGGCGGCGUUUCCUCGGCACCAAGUACCACAGAUACCUUCUCUUCUUCAUCGUCGCGGGCCUCGACUCUACCGUCUUUGUGCUCAACCUCCCGCUGACGCGGGUCUACGAAAGCAUAGCAUGCUACCAAUACUAUUCUGCCCACGAGCCGGGGCGCUUCUCAAAUCCGGCAUCUAUUCCGGAGCAAGAAUGUAAAAUUGCGUCUGUGCAGCAAGAGUUGGCGCGUGUCAAGGGGAUUGAGUUUUUGUUCAUGAUGGCACCGGUCCGGCAAAGAGGUGAGGGUGUCUGGACCCAGGUGGUCAUGAACAAUGACAAUGUCACGAUGCAGGAUGCUGACAAGAGCAGGGCGACGACCUUCUUGCAGCUCACCGUGGCGGUGCUCAUCUCGCAAGCCAUCUCGACACCGCUGGCGUCUGUCCUCAUGGCGAAACACGGCACAACGCUGCCCAUCGCGUUUGGCUACGGGCUGGGGCUCAGCGUGUGUUUCAUGUGUCCGUUUGUCCCCGAGACGAUUCAUCUCAGCACCUCCAAGACUGCAGACGGGGAGCAGCCGCCCGGGGAGGCCGGAACGGCUUCGCUGCACGCCACGAAACAGGGUCGGAAGGCGCGAAUGCGGGGGCUCUUCGCGUCCAAGGGCAGCAGCAGGGUGAGCGUUUGGCUGCUCUCGCCAGCCGUGCUCGCCUCUUUGGUCAUUCUCUUCGUGGACAGCUUCAACGCCGCAACAAUCAACAUAGUGGUUCAGUAUGCGUCCAAGAAGCUGUCCAUACCAAUCUCCAGCGUCGGGUCCCUGGUCACCAUUCGAGCAGUCGUGACAAUCGUCAUAAUCCUCGUCGUGGUGCCGCACAUUGGGAGGAGGCUCGAGGCGAAACGGGGCCUGGACAGCCACUCUCGCGACCUGUGGCUCGCACGCAUCACAAUGUCCGUCUGCCCCUUGGGCUUUGCGCUGCUGGCCACGGGCCGAUCUGUGGCUGUGAUUGCAGCCGGGAUGGUCCUGGUUGCCGUAAGCUGGGCUUGCUGCAACAGUUUGGUGAGGAGCAUCGCGACGGCCAUGGUCAGCCCAGAGAGGAUAUCCGGGCUCUAUGGCGUCGUCAACGUCUUCCAGGCGGUGGGUGCUUUGGUUGGGAAUCCGCUGUUGGCAGAGUUGCUGGCGAUGGAUAUAAAGUCUGGCAACGAUUGGAUAUCCCUGCCGUUCGGACUGGCUGGUGUGUUGAGUAUUCUGUCCUCUGCCAUCAUUUGGGCUGUGCGGCUGCCUCCCACGACGGCCAACUAA